AUGACUGUCCAUCCAAACUCCCCAACCUCCAACCACGAACACAACAGUCUCCUGACUGACGAAAGGCCCGAGGAUGGAGAGCUGGAGGAGGGCGAGUUGGAAGACGAUGGGGGAGAAGCGGCUGCAGAGGAGCCCGGGACAGCGGCUGCAGACGGGGCAGACGAGGCUCCGGCGGCAUGCGCCGAGCCUGGUGGCGAGGGCAAGCGUCCACGCAGCAAAGAGCGCCAUCACAGCGGCGAGUCCGGGGACGACCGCGCUCACCGCCGCAAGAGGAAGAGGAAGAAGGAGCGCGAGCGAGAGAAGAGGCGCACCAAGAAGAAACGCAAGUCCAAGCACAAACGUCACACCUCCUCCAACGAUGAACAUUCAGACUUCAGUGACGACUCGGACUACAGCCCCAGUGAGAAGAGGAAAUACCGAGACUACAGCCCUCCGUACCCCUCGUCUCAUGGAGCAUACAGCAGCUCCAAGAAGAGCUACAUGAAGAUGGACAAACAGGGUUACAAAGGCUUCGAUGACUAUGAGGAGGACAACUUUGAGGGAGGGGAAGAGGAGGAGAUGCCUGAGGAAGACUAUGAUGACUUCACCAAGGAGCUGAACCAGUACAGAAAGGCCAAGGAGGGAGGGCGCCCCCCCAGAGGAGCCAGGGGCCGCAUGAGGAGUCUCCGGGGUCGUGGAGGCAUGAGGGGGGGCCGCAGGGGCAGGGGUGGGGGCCGAGGCCGCGGCGGCAGAGGGGGGAAGAUGGGAGAUGAUGAUGGAGACGGCUACGGAGAGGACAUGGAGUUUGCGGAGGAGGACUACGACCACGAUGAUGACUACGAUGAGUUUUCCAGUCAGUACAAGAAGCACAAAGACCGAGGCCGCGGGGGUAAAGGCGGGCGUAUGCGGGGCAGAGGGCGUGGCAUGCGGGGGAUGAUGAGGGGGAGAGGGCGUGGUCGUGGGCGAGGACGCGGCGACCAGGGCUAUGAGGACGACCACGGAGGAGACAUGGACAACGGGGACGGUCCUGCAGACGGCGGCAGGAGAGGCCACAGUGACAAACCCACAGACAAGAAGGGGAAGGCCAUCUGCAAGUACUACAUGGAGGGCAGAUGCACAUGGGGGGAGCACUGUAACUUCAGUCAUGAUAUGGAGUUACCGAAGAAGAAGGAGCUGUGCAAGUUCUACAUCACAGGGUUCUGUGCCCGCGCCGACCACUGCCCCUACAUGCAUGAUAUCCUUCACACGUUACAUGCUACAUUCCUCAGUCAGUCCUCAGUCAGUCCUCAGUCAGUCCUCAGUCAGUCCUCUGUCAGUCCUCUGUCAGUCCUCUGUCAGUCCUCUGUCAGUCCUCUGUCAGUCCUCUGUCAGUCCUCUGUCAGUCCUCUGUCAGUCCUCAGUCAGUCCUCAGUCAGUCCUCUGUCAGUCCUCUGUCAGUCCUCUGUCAGUCCUCUGUCAGUCCUCUGUCAGUCCUCUGUCAGUCCUCUGUCAGUCCUCAGUCAGUCCUCAGUCAGUCCUCAGUCAGUCCUCAGUCAGUCCUCAGUCAGUCCUCUGUCAGUCCUCAGUCAGUCCUCUCUCAGUCCUCUCUCAGUCCUCUGUCAGUCCUCUGUCAGUCCUCUGUCAGUCCUCUGUCAGUCCUCAGUCAGUCCUCAGUCAGUCCUCAGUCAGUCCUCUGUCAGUCCUCUGUCAGUCCUCUGUCAGUCCUCUGUCAGUCCUCAGUCAGUCCUCAGUCAGUCCUCAGUCAGUCCUCAGUCAGUCCUCAGUCAGUCCUCAGUCAGUCCUCUGUCAGUCCUCUCUCAGUCCUCUGUCAGUCCUCUGUCAGUCCUCUGUCAGUCCUCUGUCAGUCCUCUGUCAGUCCUCUGUCAGUCCUCAGUCAGUCCUCAGUCAGUCCUCAGUCAGUCCUCAGUCAGUCCUCAGUCAGUCCUCAGUCAGUCCUCUGUCAGUCCUCUGUCAGUCCUCUGUCAGUCCUCUGUCAGUCCUCAGUCAGUCCUCUGUCAGUCCUCUGUCAGUCCUCUGUCAGUCCUCUGUCAGUCCUCAGUCAGUCCUCUCUCAGUCCUCUCUGUCCUCUCUCAGUCCUCUGUCAGUCCUCUGUCAGUCCUCUCUCAGUCCUCUGUCAGUCCUCAGUCAGUCCUCUCUCAGUCCUCUGUCAGUCCUCUCUGUCCUCUCUCAGUCCUCUGUCAGUCCUCUGUCAGUCCUCUCUCAGUCCUCUGUCAGUCCUCUCUGUCCUCUCUCAGUCCUCUCUCAGUCCUCUCUCAGUCCUCUGUCAGUCCUCUGUCAGUCCUCUCUCAGUCCUCUGUCAGUCCUCUGUCAGUCCUCUGGAACUGUGUGAACGGAGACGAGUGCAUGUUCUCCCACGACAAGCUCAACGACGACACACAAGAGAUGCUCAACAAGAUGCUGGCAGAGGAUGCUGAGGCUGGAGCAGAGGAUGAGAAGGAGGUGGAGGAGUUGAAGAAACAGGGCAUUAACCCUCUCCCUAAGCCCCCCCCUGGAGUGGGGCUGCUCCCCACCCCCCCGAGGCUCCUCCCUGCAGAGGCCUGUCCCAGCCCUGACUUCACAGAGGCAGAGUCGGGCCCCAACCAGGGCCCUCUGGUGCCCCCUGUCAACCCUCCUACAGCUCACUCUGAAGCAGCUCUAUAUCCAGGCUUGAACCCUAAUGAUGCAGACCAGUCCCCCCCCAUGGGGCCCCCACAUCCGCAGGGAGGGGAGGGGGCCGCAGGAAAGAAGAUCCCGUCUUUAUUUGAGAUUAAAGUGCAGCCCACAGGGCAGCUGGCUCACAAGCUCGCAGUGCGGGGCCAGACCCCGGCCGGAGCACAGGGGCCUCCUGCAGCGGGCCCCCAGGGGCCCCCUGGGGCUCCUCCCAUACACUUCCCCACACCUGCAGGGGUGUUUCCUGCUGACAUGAACGAGUUUGGCUCAAGCGCGCCACCUGGAGGAUAUCCAGGGGAUCAUGGGUCUGAUCCUGGACCUGGGAACUAUAUGAAUAAUUACUUCAGUCAGGACGGGGGUCCGGCAGAAGGCCUGUCUGAAGGAGACGGUUAUCAGGGGUUCUCUGCAGACGACAGAGGGCCUUUGGCGCCCCCCAGUGGCUCUGAAGGCCCCAGUAGUUGUCAGGGGGGGGUCUCUGUGCCAGACUUCCUGCCCCCCGCUCAGAGAGUGCUCUUCAUGAGGAUCCAGCAGAAGCAGCAGGAGGAGGCGGCUCGCCGUCUGGCAGAGGGCGAGCUGAAGAAGACCAGAGAGACAGAGGGAGACUCUGGGAACUGGUACUCCAGUGAAGAGGAGGACGGCGGCAGCAGCGUGACCUCCAUCCUGAAGACCCUCCGGCAGCAGAGCCAGGCCCCCGCCAAGACAGAGCCCCCUCCCAACGACCCGCGCCUGCUGAAGCCCUCUGCCCCCCCAGCUCGCCCUAUGGACCCUCGGCUGGCCCGGGACCCUCGGCUGGCCCGUGCUGCGGAGCCUGCGCCCUCAGACGCUGCUCCCCCUGGUCCUCCUGCAGACCCCCGGCUGGCCCGCUUCACCCCCUCUCAGCAGCCCCUCCCGCCUAAGCCCGAGCCCCCCCUGGUGUACAAGCCCCCGCCCCUGACCGUCCCGGUGGAGGAGGAGGAGCCGGAGCGUGUGCUGAGGGAGAAGCCCGUGCCCAUCCCCCUGGAGCCUCUGCUGGCCCUGCAGCUGCGGGACCCCCGGCAGCAGCUGCAGCAGUUCAGCCACAUCAAAAAGGACACGGUGCUGCCUCUGCCGGCCUUCUCUGCCGCCGUCACCUGGUCCCCCCAGGACCUGCUGCCUCUGCCCCUCCCCAAACAGGACCUGCCCAUGCCCCCAGGCAUUCCCCUGGUCCCGGCCUCAGACCCACGUCUGUCCCGCCCUGGGCCCCCUGCCCCAGAGCCAGCCUCAGCCCCCCCUGUCCCUGACCUGCAGCUGCUCUCCCGUAUCCUCAAGACCGUGACCUCCAGCCCCGCCCCCAGCCCCCCCCCUGUGGACAAGCCCGCCGACCCGCGGUCUGACCCGCGUUCUGAUCCUCGUUCUGACCCCAGGUCCCGGAAAGGCCCCGCGGACCCCCGGCUGCAGCCCCAGAAGUCGGUCUUAAAGCAGGUCUUGGACUCGGCCUCGGGAUCCUCCCUCUCAGGCUCUCCCCCCAGCACAGCUCCCUACGACCCCCGCCUGCUGUCCUCAGGGGCCCCAGGCAGAGGGGGCACCUGUGUAGGCAGCAUCAGUCUGUACGACCCCCGCACUCACCGAGCCGACAGCCCUGGGGGCGGGGCCUCCCCCUCAGAGCCUCAGUCGGACCCUCGGGCCAAGUCUAAAGAGCCCCUGUUCAUCCGUAAGUCUGCGUUAGAGCCGCCUGAGCCUGAGCCGACCCCUGAGCCCGGGACCGACCGCUACAACAGCUACAACAGGCCCCGCCCCAAACCUACCCCCUCCCCCAACAACACCGCCCAGGGCCCCAAUGCGGGGGCCGCGGGGGCCCCAGGCUCCGGAGCAGACACUGGUGUGCUGCCCUCUCUGUUCGGUCUGAAACAGAGUAAGGCGGGGGCAGAGGGGGGCAGCCCGGUGCCCACGGAGCAAACCCUCUCAGAACAGGACAAUGCUUCUCUCAAAGACGUUUUUAAAGGCUUCGACCCCACGGCCUCCCCCUUCUGCCAGUGA